GCGCUAAAAACACAAAACCUAUGCGGUUAUGCCUUCGCUCUUUUCCUUUACACUUUCACACGUCUUCAUAUCACAAACCCUAAUGAUGAUGUCUCCCUCUCAAGCAUCCAUGGCCGCCUUCGUAUCUACCGCAUAUGUGGCCAUCUUCUUUGUACCUGCAACCACUACAAGACCUCUGUCUUUUCAUCUCACGAUCCGGUUGUAGAAACCCUAAGAGGGGCCUGUGUUUAUCAAUCUCUCUUUAGAACCUUCCAUCCAUUGCGUUUCCUUCUCAAGUAAAUCUCUUACUUCAGAAGAAACAACUCAGAUAUCCUUGUAACCAUCCUGUUGAUGGAUUCUCUGCCCGUUUUGCUGACAAAAACAAUCUGUUUGAAUUGAAUGGAGCCUCACGAUUAUUGGGCUGCCUGAUAUAUUAUAGGUUUGUUUAAUCAACGAAUCAAAUGGAUACAUGAUUCUUUGUUGAAGAUUGGCGACAUCUCUUUGUUUCUCAAUCGUUUAUGAACAAUAACAGUUCCUGUGGUUCAGAUUGGGCUUUUGUUGAUGUAGCAAAUUUGUUUAUUCAAAACAGGGUUUUUAUCAAGGGUUGAACACUUUGUUGAUGGAUUGAGAUGUUGACCGAAAGUUAUUCUCACUGACUAUCAAUGAUUGCUUCAGGUUUUGUUUGACACCAGCAUGGUUUGUGUGGUCUUAUGGGGGAAGAAGUGUGUGUAGUUCAGUGGGUCUUUUACAAGGUAGUCUGAGUAUUGGCCGAUGACACCGGUUGAGGGAUGCCUGACUCUGUUUCAGACUAUAUGCAGCUCGCCACCUGGUUACCAUUAGGUUAAGUUUUACUUCAAGAUGUUUUUGUUAAUCUGUUAAUUCAUGGGGAAAGGGAUAACCGUGAGGUGUCAUCAUAGACUACAAUUGUAGUAAUUCAUGGGGAUGGGCUACUUGAGUUGAUUUCAGGGCUGGUGAUGGUGGAUAUGUUGCUUGCUAUACAUACAGUUGCAGUAAAGGUAACGUAAUGACAUGGACAGUGACAUGGCAGUAGCCAGUUCGAUGUCAGCAAUAGUAAAUUUAUAUUUAAAAGAUUAGAUGAACAUUUACUUAAUGUUUCGGUUGUUUUGCAAGGUACUAUCAAGCAAAAUUAGAUUUUGAUUCUGAGCCGUGGCCUGUAAUCACCGACAGUGCGAAAGAUCUUAUAAGAAAAAUGCUUGAUAGAAAUCCUAAGAAUAGGCUUACUGCUCAUGACCUUCUAUGCCACCCAUGGAUUGUUGAUGACAAAAUGGCACCCGAUAAGCCCCUUGAUUCUGCAGUAUUAUCGCGCUUGAAACAGUUCUCUGCAAUGAACAAGCUCAAGAAGAUGGCUUUACGGGUGUAUCCGAAAAGAAGAAAGACCGGCUGGUUUGCGACAAGCAGGUGUAUCCGAAAAGAAGAAAGAUCGGUUGGUUCGAUUAGGUUGCAUGUUUUACAAAUUAUUUUUUUAGGCUGAACAAAGGGAAUAGGAGAGUUUAUAAUCGACAGUUCAAUCGGUUGCCUCUCUGCCUUCUAAAAUUGUCUACUUCCAUUGAAUCGACGGCGAAUAGAUGAAUAAUCUCGCUAGAUCGGCGGCUAUGUCCCACUGCGGCGGUAGUUUUCGGCGUAUUCUGGGUCUUGCAUUCUGCUUCACUGAAGUCCACUUAUAUACGAGAUAAUUCGAUUUCAAGCGUUAUUCUGAUGGAGAUUUCAUCGCUUCCGUCGAUAACGGAAGUUGAUCUAUCGCAUAAUCUGCUCACUGGUACCAUUCCUUCAACUUUUGGUAACUGUCGUACGCUCGAAGCGUCCAAUGUUUCGUAUAAUCAGCUCACGGGACCUGUGCCUUCGUCGGGGAUCGCGUUUUGAGCCCGCAUCUGUCGUCGUUCACUGGAAAUGAAGGACUCUAUGGCAGGGUUAUUAACAAACCGUGUGGGGCUGUUGUGGAACCCGAGGUGAAACGGAUUCAGUCGAAGAAGUCUACGGGUGCAAUCAUCUGGAUUAUGGCCGCAGCGUUUGGGGUCGGUUUGUUUAUUCUUGUGGCCGGAAUCCGGUUCUUCCGUGCGAAUUACCAUCGAGGGUUUGUGGCGGAAGAAGCGGAGACGCAGCCAUGGAAAUUAACUGCUUUCUAAUGGCUAAAUUUUACCGCAUAUGAUGUGGUUGAGAGUUUAUCUAUGACAGGUAAGAUCAUAGGGACCGGGUCUACGGGAACUGUGUACAAAACAGAAAUGCCAUGUGGCGAGAUCAUAGCGGUGAAAAAGCUGUGGGGAAAGAACCAGGAGACGAUUCGACGGAGGAAAGGCGUGUUGGCUGAGGUGGAGGUAUUGGGUAAUGUGAGGCAUAGGAACAUAGUGAGGUUGUUAGGAUGCUGCAGCAACAAAGAAUGUACUGUGUUGCUCUAUGAGUACAUGUGUUGCUCUAUGAGUACAUGCCUAAUGGCAGUUUAGAUGAUUUGUUACACGGGAAGAACGAAGGUGACAGUUUGGUCGGGGAUUGGUUCACAAGAUACAAGGUUGCGUUAUGGGUGGCUCAGGGGAUUUGCUACCUCCACCACGAUUGUGAUCCGGUGGUUGAUCAUCGUGAUUUGAAACCUAGCAACAUUCUGUAGGAUGGUGAGAUGGAGGCACGGGUGGCUGACUUUGGGGUAGCCAAGCUCAUCCAUUGUGACGAGUCGAUGUCAGUGAUUGCAGGUUCCUAUGGCUACAUCUCCCCAGGUAUGGUAUACAUUUAACAUUUAGUAGUUAUGUGUUUGUUCUUAUUUGUGAUUACAAGUAAAUUGGUAGAGAGUCUACAUUGAGCUCGAGCUUUUCUUAGCUCAUGAUUAGGUGAUUUGUCUAGACCGUCACUCAAAAAGGUUACCCAGACGGCCAAACCUUGAACUGGCUAUAUUCGGUUCAACUCUAGGUUUUAAAUAGAUUGCUUUUGGUUAGGUCUAAAACUGGAACCUGAAUUAUCUUUUAUUUGCCAAUAACUACUUUUCGGAUCUGGUAUAUUUUUUGUUCAUGGUUUGGUUUGGGGCAGAACCGACGUAACGUUAUUGCAAAAUAGUAGUCGGUCAGUUAGCUAUUAGAUUUAUCUUUAAUUUGCUACUUAUCUAAUUUGUCAUUAUAAGUUGUUACCAACAUGCUCAAAUUUUUAAUUUGUAGAAAAAAAUGGUUGUUAAACUAAUGUGGAAGUUGUUAAAGUUAAUCUUGGUGGGGAACAAUCUCGGGUUUUGUUUGGUAUGUUUUAUUCUUCUAAAUACCUAACAAACUUGAUAUCCAUGUGCAAUAUCUGAUCAUUUGGUGGAGCUAAUGAGAAAAGAAAAGCAACUUCAUGAUGCAAAUAGGCCGACAUCAAAAGAAUUUGUACUGAUAUCCAUGUGCAGUAUUUGAUCAUAUUUUCUAAUGCUUCACUUAUUAUUUAGUUGUUGACUCACAAUCCUGAAUGUUGUGCAGUUGUUUCACCGAUCGUUGACGCCUUGCAUAUUACUAAUAAAGGAAAGUUUUUAUGUUCCCCUUUUAUUGAUAAAGGUAAAAGUUACAUCAUAAUUAAGUUUUUUUUUCUUAAUUAACUUUUAUGUAGUUUUUAUAAUUCUUCACGAGUCUUAAUCUAUGCACUGGCUUAUUUUUUGUUCAAUUGGAAUUGUUCUUGCUAUUACUGAUGUACUCCAGAUCACUCACGCAGCUGUAGCCUGAGUAAGUUGACAUCUCUCCGCGUGGGUUCAGAUUAAACCGUCAAAACUGAUGAUCUAUUAAUUCAUGUUGAAGAACUAUAAGUCUCAUGACAUAGAUUGAUAACACCGAUCGUACGAAUAAGAAAAUUAACAAACUUAAAUUGAUAAAACAAUGAGUAUUUGGGUUAUUAGAUUAGAAUGUAGUGUAGCUGAUGAACGUGCUAAGUUGUUGGCUUCUGGUGUUAUUGGAUUAGAGGAGGUGGUAGUACAUACUCAUGUAGCUUGUGAACAUACUUUUCAGAGGUUAAAAAAUGACAGCUCUGGUACGGGUCAAACAAUAUGUAACUUGUGAACAUACUAUUCAAUAACCAAUACAGAUUUAUAAAUUAUGUUAAGAAUGCCUUUUCAAUUAUGCUUAAUGAGAUAAGUUGACAAACAAUAUGUAUUGUGUUUUCUAUCUGCCCUAAUCAAUACAGGUUGCAAAAUAGUUCGGUUGGGCAGGUUGGAUAACAGGUCGAUUUAAGUUGUUUAUGCUAUUGUCAGAAUGGGUUGAGCCGACCCCAAUAUUUUAUCUUCAGAAGAUCUUCCAGGAUAUGAGGGUUUCAAUGGUGAUUCCACCACUGACGGUUGCCCUUUGCAUAUGUAUGGCGAUGUCUAUAAUGAUGUUCAUUGAACGAGUGUACAUGACUGUUGUGGUUAUCUUGGUGAAGAUUAUGCGCAAGAAAAGAUACACGCAGUAUAACUUGGAAGCGCUGAAAGAAGAUUUAGAGCAGAACAGGCGUUACCCCAUGGUGCUCGUUCAAAUACCUAUGUUCAAUGAAAAAGAGGUCUACAAGCUCUCUAUUGGAUCUGUGUGUUCACUUACAUGGCCAUCCGACCGUCUCAUUGUUCAGGUUCUCGAUGACUCCACCAAUGAUGUCCUACGGACACUUGUGGAAAUGGAGUGCAAAAAGUGGAUACAGAGAGGAGUGAAUGUCAAAUACGAAACCAGAAACAAUAGAAACGGAUACAAAGCCGGUGCUCUUCGUGAAGGUUUAAAUAAAGAGUAUGUGAGCGAUUGCGAAUUUGUAGUCAUAUUUGACGCAGAUUUCCAACCAGAUGAAGAGUUUCUUUGGAGAACUGUACCUUAUCUUCUUGAAAAUCCAGAACUGGCUUUGGUUCAGGCGAGAUGGAAAUUCGUAAAUGCUAAUGAAUGCAUCAUGACUCGGCUCCAAGAGAUGUCACUCGCCUAUCAUUUCGCUGUCGAGCAAGAAGUGGGCUCUUCAACUUGUCAAUUUUUCGGGUUCAACGGGACUGCUGGUGUAUGGCGUAUCAAAGCAAUUGAAGAUGCUGGCGGCUGGAAAGAUCGAACCACUGUGGAGGACAUGGAUCUUGCGGUUCGGGCUAGCCUCAAGGGGUGGAAAUUUGUCUUUGUUGGAGACUUAGAGGUGAAAAACGAACUCCCAAGUACCUUCAAAGCUUACCGAUAUCAACAACAUCGGUGGUCAUGUGGGCCAGCUAAUUUGUUCAGAAAAAUGACCAAAGAAAUCAUCUUUUGUGAGAGAGUAUCGUUUUGGAAGAAACUCCAUGUCCUAUAUGCAUUCUUCUUUGUAAGGAAGAUAAUAGCACACUGGGUCACCUUUUUCUUUUAUUGCGUAAUUAUCCCAAUAAGCAUCAUGGUCCCGGAAGUCAAACUUCCAAAACCGAUAGCCAUAUAUAUUCCGGCAACAAUUACCAUUCUUAACUCGGCAUGCACCCUAAGGUCAUUGCAUCUCCUUGUACUUUGGAUCCUGUUCGAAAACGUCAUGUCUUUUCACCGAUCUAAAGCAACAAUUAUAGGACUCCUAGGAGCCAACCGAGUCAACGAAUGGGUCGUGACUGAAAAGCUCGGAAACACAACAAAACCAAAAUGCAGUGUCAGGGCACCUAAGAGAACCCGAUCACGUUUAGGAGAAAGGCUUCACUUCUCGGAGUUGAUAAUGGGAUUGCUCCUGCUAUAUGUAGCUUGCUAUGACAUGAUCUUUGGGAAAGACAACAUGUUUAUUUAUCUCUUAUUGCAAUCGAGUGCGUUCUUUGUUGUAGGAGUUGGGUAUGUCGGUAUAUCCACUCCCAACUAAAGCGACACACCCGUUGUUUAUUUUAAGUUUUAUAAAUUAGUGUCUAUAAAGUUAAAGGGGACUCUGCAAGUGCUUGGGAUAAGAGGGGUAUGGUUAAAAGAACAUAACCGGAGCAAGCGGAAGAGCACUGAUGUAGAUGGCGGUGUAAUUAGUUAAAUCAUUAGUGUGUUUUUCAUAAUAAAGUUCUUAGCUAUCUAUGUAAGCUAUCAAGACUACAAUAUGUUGGGAAUAAAGUGCAUUAUGUUAUGGUUUAAUAGAUAUGUAAACGA